GGUACUGCUCCUACCAGCAACCUUUAAAAGGUCAGAGGUCACGGUAAAUUAUGUAGUGUCAUAAUGUCAGUCUUUAAAAUAAAGGGAGAGGGGUCAGAAGGUACUGAAGACAAUCUUUUAGGUAUUUUAUUUUUUCAUCUGCAAACGACACAUUUGUUUUGGCUGAGCAAGUGAGUUUGCGUGAGUGGUUGUGUAUAAUCAACAGGGAGUGUGUGAUAGAUAAUAGGAAGAGAAGACAGUCAACGACUUGAGUGAGAACGACGUGGAUCUUACGGGUGGCCAUGGUCUGACACUAAGGACCAUUGUACUCAGCACCCUAGUGUGCCAGAUCCUGCAGGCCAACAACCUUUCUUGUUUACUCCUUUGAGGUGAAAAGGCCUGUUUACCUGCAUAAAGAGUAAACUAUGGCUGACAUGGUGUUAUUUACUCUCCGUCAUGUAUGAUUAGCAUGGGAACUGGCUUUGUUGGGUAAUGUAUGUUUACAUGAUAGUCGUCCCUCCAAUUUAUGCACCUGUCCUCCCGCUUGCUGUGUAUAUUACGUCCGUAAACUCAAUGUAGAAAUUGCCACGAUUUAAACUGACUGAAAAAUAAUAAAUGAUUACAAUUAAUAAUUAAAGCGUGGCCCCGGAAAGGUCAUCUACCUCGUUGCCUGUACUGGCUUUCGUCUGUGCUCACAUGUGUGUACACGCACACACACACACGCACGCGCACCUGCAAACCGUUUGGACUCGUACACAGUUUGGAUUGCAUGCUGUCUGGGAGGGAGUGUGGAGGGAGGGUGUAUGUACCCUGCUCGCUGGUAAACGACCGCCCGUCCUGUUGGUUGGGGGGGCAGCCAGGCUUCCAGUCCCUCCAGUCUUCGCUGCCUCGCCGCUGGAGGUGAUUGGGUCUACACUGUGCCCUCCUUUAUCUGCCCGCCGACUUGUCUUAAGCUCCGUGCACCCGGUAUUUCUGCGACGCACAUAACGGGUCUCACGGUACCAGCUGGGGUAGGGGCUGCUGCUGCUCCAAACUCUUCUGGACCGACGUUCAUCGCUUCUCAAACCAGCGCCACCUAGUGGAAGGUUUACAGUGUAACUUUUCACCUUGUUUUUAAUUGUUAUUCAUUACUUUUUUGGAAUUUUUUGAAAUCUGUUGUCAGCCCCAACGUACGCCGCUAAUUCACCAACAGCCAAUGUUCGCCGAGCGAAGCACCCCCGAGAUGGAGGGAAAGAGAAAGUGAGAGGAAACUAAUUGUUCGGCAGGUGCACGAGGCUAGAACCACCUGUCUUUGCUGGAUACUUUCUUCAUUCGUUUGUGCGGGGCCAGGGCAGUGCCUGCCACGGUGCCAGAGUCGGCUGUGCAUGGGUGGAGCUUAGAGACAAGGGAUGGAGGGAAUAUUUGGAGGGGCUUCCUGCCACAGCAUUGGACUGCACGCCAGCCUGCUUCGCUCGCCCGCUCGCAACGGCUUUGCUUUCGAGGCCGUACAGCAAGAGAAUUCUUUGUUACUUCCAAACUAAAUAUCGUCUGUGACAGUUCGUUUGUGUUAUGGUAAGGAAAAGGGGAAGAAACGAUUUUUUUUCGUUGAGGUAGAGGACGGAAAAAGACAGAAGGAGGCAGGUAGAAAGAUCAAAAGAGGAGUUAUCUUCCCUGGUGGUCUUUUAUUGAUUCGUCAUCGAAAGUGCUGUUGCGACAACUUUUUGGGGAAAAAUUGUUUGUUUGUUUACAGUUCGGGUCUUCGUUCAGGACUUUUCUCGCCGACGAGGUGAAGAAGUUUGAGUGUGUUCGCAGUUUGCUUGCUCGCGCGGUUGUGUUUGUGUGUGUUACUGUCGGUCGGAGGAGUUCUCAGGAGUCUUCACUCUCCCACCUCCACCCCCUGGCAUCCUCUGGGAGUUCUGCUGGAACUGUAGCCAGUCACUGGCCAGCACACGGAGGGCGGUAGUGGACGUCACCAGGGGCGGGUGUGGCCUGCCGUGACGUCCGCAAAAGUGACGCGUGGUCGGUGGGAGGUCGCUGGUGCUGGUGGUGGUAGUGGCGUUGGCGGCGGUGGUGGUGGUGGUUGUCGUGGUGGUGGUGGCGGCGGUGGUGGUCGGAGUGCUGCCGGCGAGGUUGUGACGCGGCGGCGCGGAGCCGAGCCGCCGUGGUUGUCGCCGCUGCCACUCACGGCAGCAGCAACGCGACGCAGCGACAGCAACGCGGAGGACAGCAACGGCGAGACUGAUGUGUUGGUGACAGAGGAGGGCCGGGUGCCGGUGGUAGAGAGGCCCAGACGCCGGGGCCGCCCGUGCUCCGUCAUUUUCAUGCACGUGGGCGGAUGUGGAAGUAGAAAGGUCGCGUGCAGUGGCCAGGCCACGUCCCCCUGCCCGGCAGAACAAAAUGCACGCACGUGGAUCAUGGGUGAGCCAAUGCCGCGCCUCCCCCACCUAGUGCUGCUGCUGGUGGCGGCCGUCCUGUGCCACCUGCCGGCCGUCAGGUGCCGAACUGCGCCCCUGCGCGCCCUUCCUGCUUUCUCUCACUUGACCACGGGGCAGGAUCGUCACGCGCCACUGCUGCCAGACUCUAGGAUCGCGACAUCACACAUGGGUGCCUCGCGCCGGGGACGCGACAGCCCAGUUUCAGACCUCUUCUCUCCCUUGUCGGCUGAAGACCCCUACUUCCUGCAGCGGCACCGCGUCUUUGAGCGACGGAAGCAGAAAAACCAUCAACGUCAUCGAUGGAGCGAUCGCCAAACCGUGCGACCCGACCAGGACAGUCCCCCGCUCCCCCGACAAGUGUCGCCUUCUUUCAGCCGGGAUAAGGAGGAACAAGGUAGUCUGACCUGGACUGGACCUCGCCUCGUCAGAGCUCAGGUCACGACCGUAGUACCCAUCGCAGCGCUGGGACCGUUCUUGCUGCACCCAGACUUGCCCCUCCAGCAAAGUUUGGAAAAAACUCUCGCCUCCAGGUCGAUGUCUUCAUCGGGAGGGACGGUCCGCUUGCACGUUGUGGACGUUCAGGUGCUGGAUCUGAACCCUGAGAACGGAACCAUCGCUGUGACAGUGCGGGGCAGCCCGCGACAGGUCCAGCAUGUGCUUGACUCCGUCGCCAUGCCAAAAGCGGAAGUGACCUCCGAGAGGACGGAGGAAGGUGCUUCUUCCUCGGAGGCGGCCGACGGUGGUGGUGUUGGUGCUGGUGCUGCCCCACGUUCGCACCCACGGAAUCGCCGCAGCAUCCGUAGCCUGGGCAUCAGCUACGGGAUGAAUGGCCGCAUCCGUACGCACAUGCAGGCGCACCGCCUGUCCAUCUCCUACCGACACGUGCAGCCCUGCACCUAUGCUGACCGCUUCUACUGCAUGAACGGAGGCACCUGUGUCUUUGUUGGCGCGCUGGAUAUCAAAACCUGCAGGUGUCCUAUCGGUUACACGGGCACCAGGUGCGAGCUCAUUGACCAAGAGUACUUCCUCACUCUGCUCACAGACUCCCUCAUCUUCAGCUGAACUCAGAUGGUCUGCUGACCCGUGAACAAAAUAAAACAAACCCUUCUGCUGCCCGGAAAACUUCACGAUGUCAAGUCGUUCUUCAAUCAAGGACAGUUGAUGACGUCAAGAAUACUGCGCGUCUGCUAUUUGUUUCCACUCUCUCUCUCUCUUUGUUUUGAUCCUUUGACCUUCUGACCAAUCGAAAAACGAGGGCAAGUUAUCACCGCUGAGGAUCCGCAUUGGCUGACUGUUGUGAACGAUGACGUGACCAGCUUCUGGGUGAUGACACAUGAUGACAUAAUGAACGACGGCGCAACCCGUGCUAGAGUGUGGCUAGUUGUCUUCUCGAAAACGGAAAUAAAAAAGACAAAAUGGUCAUGUUGCUAUUUAUUCUUUUGAUUAUACAUCAAUAUUUUCCCCUUUCCCUUUCCUGGUAAAAAUUUUUGUGUCAUUUUUCAUUGCUUUUAGUCGAAGACACUUCAUUGUUGGGACACUUUCAGGCAUUGGUCAGAGACUGGAUUUGCAUGUCUGCAGUUGUUAUCUUAAGUUCCUUUCAGUUGUCGCCUUGUGUUGUAGUGUUUUGAUCUUCUACGUUCAAGGCGGCAGAAAAAAAAAAGCCGCUGACCUGGCGUAGAAACUGUUACCUCCUUACCAGUUGCGCGCUCUUUCUCUUUUUUCCAGAAAAUUCACGUUAUCAAACAUUAUUUACUUGCAGUUGGUGUUAUUUAAGCUUUCCUUCACUCUCACCACCCCCACAGCAACCCUCACCCCCACCUCCCUCAGUUCUGUGUAUCAAUUUCUGUCAUGAUCAUGAGAUUGUAAUGUGUCUUGAAACCCUGGGAUGUUGUCAAAACACGAGACAGCGUUAACAAAGCGUUAAGUUACUUUUGAUGUUAUUUGUCACACGCUUUAUUGUUGCUGUCAUUGUUCCUGUGAUUGUUGCGGUUGAUCUUGAAGGGUUUCAAAAAAAAGUCGCAUGCUAUGUGCUAAAUAAACGAAUGUCCACGUUCUGGCACCUACCCGAUUCUAGCACCUGCAUUAUAACUUAAACAUACUACAGGUGUGCGUGCUAAAAAUAGACCAGGAGUCGUAGUUAUGAAUAGAGAUACAUUCUUACCUGGCUUUGGUUUCAAAUACCUGUCAGUGAAAGCGGCCUUCUGCAGUGAUAGAUUGGGACCGACAUUUCACCUGACUAACCUAGGUCUGUGCUUGUUUCCAGUUACAACAUUCUGCAACGUUUCCGCUCCACCUGAACCCUGAGGUAAUCUUACUUCUUACUUUAUAAUUACGGCCCUUGAAAUACUACUAAAAAAUAAUAGCAU